UAUUAUUACCUCACAGUCAAUGGAGGCCGCGGCUCGGAAGUGGCAAAUUGUGUUUUGAAACAAGCGCACGUUUUUUUUUUAAACUCUCCCCCCACCCCCACCAAAAAUAAAAAUAGGUGCAUUUCCACACAAGGGAGGCCCAGACUAAAAGUUUAAUGGGUGUUAGCCCUUGCGGCGCUAGGCGAAGAGCGUUCCUGUUGACGCGGUUUCCUCAGCCCAGCCUCCAGGUUUGUUCGCGUCCAGCGGUUUUCUUUCAAUUCGCUGCGAGAGCCCCGAGGAGAUCGCGGUGCUGUCUAGGCCACGGAGCGAGGCCUGGUUCAAGCCUGCCCAUGAACCUCCUUUAAAUAAACCGGUGAAGGCAAUUGGAAGGGGGCGGAUUCCUGGAAAAUGUCAGGCGGCGCGGAUCUCACGGCGAUCUCGGUGCAGCCGCUUGAUAGGAGUUGUUGGGUGUGUUUUGCUACCGACGAAGAUGAUCGGACAGCAGAAUGGGUGCGGCCUUGCAGGUGCAGAGGAUCCACAAAAUGGGUUCACCAGACUUGUCUACAGCGAUGGGUUGACGAAAAGCAAAGGGGCAACAGUACAGCCAGAGUGGCUUGCCCACAGUGUAAUGCUGAAUACUUAAUUGUCUUUCCAAAACUGGGUCCAGUUGUUUAUGUAUUGGAUCUUGCAGACCGCCUCAUCUCCAAAGCAUGCCCAUUUGCAGCAGCUGGGAUAAUGGUUGGUUCUAUCUACUGGACAGCUGUCACCUAUGGCGCUGUGACUGUUAUGCAGGUUGUAGGACAUAAAGAAGGCCUAGAUGUCAUGGAGAGAGCUGACCCACUGUUCCUUUUGAUUGGACUUCCAACCAUUCCAGUUAUGCUUAUUUUGGGCAAGAUGAUUCGUUGGGAGGACUAUGUACUAAGACUGUGGCGAAAAUACUCCAAUAAAUUGCAGAUUUUAAACAGUAUAUUUCCAGGUAAUCCAUAUACAUCUGACAAUGUAUUUCAGUACCAUGGGAUCUUGGACACCCACCUGAGAAAGCAGACGGAUCCUCGGGUUAAUGACCCAUCUGAAAGACGAACCUCCGGUUCAGUACUGAGAAUAGGCUGCCCUGUUCCUCGUGUUCCAGCUGAGGCCAGCCCGCUAGCAGAUCAUGUGUCAGCUACUCGCAUUCUUUGUGGGGCUUUGGUUUUUCCUACUAUUGCCACUAUAGUUGGUAAAUUAAUGUUCAGCAGUGUCAACUCAAACCUGCAAAGGACUAUUUUGGGCGGUAUUGCCUUUGUGGCCAUCAAAGGAGCUUUUAAAGUGUACUUCAAACAACAGCAGUAUUUGCGCCAGGCCCACCGCAAGAUAUUGAAUUUUCCAGAAGAGGAGGCAUGAAAAGAAUCUGAGUGCAGCCUGGUUAAUGUGCUAUCAUUCUUAUCUAGCAGUUGUGCAUUUUUGGUUAUAUCAAAUUGUGCUGUUGUAUGGUAUUGUGGGUAUGCUGCUGGUGCAGAUUAAUGUACACAUUUUUUUUAGAAGUGAAAUAAAGCACUUUCAUUUGGCAGAAACUGGCAGCUAAUGCUAUCAGUGAUCAUUGAACCCAAGAAUGUGAUUGGCUUUGGUUGCUUUUUAAGCACUUUCUUUAUAGUGAUUCGACAGCAUAAUAUUUAAUUAGUAUUAAAACUAGUGUAACCUUUCUGCAAAGCAAAUGUUAGUUUAUAGAAUCUUGCAUUUUAAAUUUUGUUGACAAUUUAUUUUCAAAAUGUGUUAGUUGCCCAUUGUAUUUUUUUGCAACACAUCUUUUUAUUAAACCCUAGCUAUGCAAUGUCUCCCUUAUUUUAUACAGUGACGACACUAUGUUCUAUAUACACUAAGUCCAACAUUGGUUGGCUUUUUCAUGGUUGACAAAUAAUGUAUUCAAGUUUGUACAAGCUUACAGAAGAAAAGCAGUUUUUGAGAUAGUUUCUUGUUCUACUCACGCUCUCCGAGAUACUUUGUACUGUGAUGGAUACUUUUCAAUUCCUUUAGUGUAAACAUGCGUAAUACUUUUCCUCUUCAGUGCAUUAUAUUGUGGGUAAGUAAAGAGUGAUACUAAGUUCUAACCUCUUUCUCCUCUCUCUUCCCCCAACCAGCACUACCACCAAAAAGGUUGCACGCACUUCUCAUAAACAUUUUCGUUUCUUCCUUGUGCUGUUUUCCUUUAAUAGUUGCAAAGCAUUUAUAUUAAUUCAUAAUGUAUGAUAUCAAUGAUCUGGUUUGAACAUGUAUUGAUUGUACAGUAUUGCCUAUUGAUCUGUAGACUUCAUUGGCCAAAGUGUAUUAUAAAUAAAAAAAACUUUAUUAAAAA